AUGCUGUUCUGCCAGUUCGUCAAGUUGGCGGCUUUCGCCUCGCUCGCAAAGGCUGUCGAGCUUACCGGGUACGAAUACGUUGUAGUCGGAAGUGGUGCUGGUGGCGGCCCCCUUGCGGCUCGUCUUGCCCUUGCUGGUCACAAGACCCUUCUGAUCGAAGCUGGUGAUGACCAGGGCGCCAACCAGAACUACACUGUCCCUUCGUUCAAUGCCAAGGUCUCUGAGGACCCCAACCUGGCCUGGAACUUCUUCGUCAAGCACUACGCUGAUGAAGAGAGGCAAGCUCGCGAUUUCAAGACUUCAUACACAACACCCGACGGUGGCGAAUACACUGGACUCUCGCCUCCCUCUGGCUCUGUCCAGAAGGGUACGCUCUACCCCAGGACUGGUACUCUCGGAGGAUGUACAGCUCACAACGCCCUCAUCGCUGUCUACCCCCACCAGUCUGAUUUUGAGAACAUUGCGAGCAUCACUGGCGACUCGUCAUGGUCGCCGGAUGCUAUGCGCAAGUACUUCGUCAAGCUUGAGAAAAACGCCUACCUGACCUCCGGCAAUGGACACGGCUACAAGGGAUGGCUGGGAACACAGUACGCUCCUAUUGACAUUGUCACUAGCGACCCUCAGCUUCUUAGCUUGGUUGGUGGUGCCGCCUUCGCCCUUGGAAACGCAACAGACGUCAUUGUAAACCUGGCAACUCUUCUCGCAGGCGAUGCCAACGCCAACACCGACGCGCGCGACUCUGAGCCUGGUCUGUUCCAGAUCCCCUUGUCGACCGCCGAUGGUAAGCGCACUGGAUCGCGUGAGUUCGUCGUUGCUGUCCGCGAUGCCAAGCACGCCAACGGCACCAAGAUGUACCCUCUUGAUGUCAGACUGCACAGUCACGUUACAAAGGUCACCUUCGACGAGACUGUCACUCCUCCCCGUGCCACCGGUGUCGAGUUCCUCGAUGGCCAGUACCUCUACAAGGCUAGCCCCAAGAACACUGGCGCCAAGGGCACUGCUGGUUCCGCCACGGCCUCGCGUGAGGUUAUUGUUGCUGGAGGAACCUACAACUCUCCCCAGCUCCUUAAGCUUUCUGGUGUUGGUCCCGCCGACGAGCUGAAGAAGCACUCUAUUCCUGUUGUCGUCGACCUCCCCGGUGUCGGUACUAACCUCCAGGACCACUACGAGAUCAGCGUCCAGGGUGAGGUCAAGAACGACUUCGCCGCCCUUGACGGCUGCACUUUUAAGGGCGACUCUGCAGAUGCCUGCAUCGACCGCUACAACACUCCUGUUCUUGGCAACCGUGGCAUCUACGCCUCCCCCGGUCUCGGCGCCAACAUGUUCUACAAGUCCAGCGUGGCAGAGAACAACAACUGGGACAUCUUUGCAUUCGGUGGCCCCGUCAACUUCCGUGGUUACUUCCCCAACUACAGCAUCAACGCCACUGCCGUACACAAUCUCUUCUCAUGGGCCAUUCUCAAGGCUCACCCUCGUAACAACGCCGGCACUGUGACCCUGCAGUCCGCCGACCCGCUCGACGUCCCCGCCAUCACAUACAACUACUUCGACACAGGCGUCGGCGAGUUCGAGAAGGACGUGACCGCCAUGACCGAAGCCAUCGCGCUCACCCGCGACGCAUUCAAGCGCCAGCUCGUCCCCAUCACCGAGGUCCUCCCUGGCAAGGACGUUGACACGGCCGAGGAGAUUGCCGACUACAUCAAGGACAGCGCAUGGGGCCACCACGCCUCGUCCACAUGCCCCAUCGGCGCCGACGACGACAAGAUGGCCGUCCUCGACAGCAGCUUCAAGGUCCGCGGCACGACGGGUCUGCGUGUCGUUGACGCCUCGGUGUUCCCGCGUAUCCCCGGUACUUUCACCGCCGUCUCGACAUACAUGGUUGCCGAGAAGGCUGCGGACGUUAUCCUGGCUGCUGCUGCGGCGUAG